AUGGCGAGCUACGAAACCGAACAUGCGAGCGACGAUACACAGCGCACAAGUGAGCGCCCACGGCGGCCGGACCUCUCCUCAUUCUUCAGCAUGAUGUCUGAGAUCACAACCGACUCACCACAAGAGCGCAAUCGCCCCGGCGCUGUUCCCGUACCAGCCGAUAUGUCCACAGCCUACCGCACGCUGGCCGAUGCCUUUCGAAUCAUGCAGAGAGACAACGAGAACGCCGACACCGAUAUGAUGGAGCAAAUGAUUGAGAGUUUGAUGAGCUCGGCUGAGCGGCCGCCCACAGAGGUCAAGGGAGUGGAAGAAGAGUGGAUCGCCCAAUUGGAAAGAGUGAGCGUCAAGAAGCUCAAGAAAGACGCCGACUGUCCCAUAUGCGGCAAUGCAUUCUCAGAAGAUCCUCAUCCGCUGCUUGUGCGGCUGCCAUGUCACAAGACACAUGUAUUCGAUCUGGAAUGUGUCCGGCCGUGGCUGCUGCUGAAUGGGACAUGCCCAAUGGAUCGCAUAGAUUUCGCCAAGCAGAUCAGAGAGCGGCGGCAAAAGCAAUUGGAGGAGAUCAAAAAGAAUGCAGCGCCUGAGGAUGAAGAGGAGGAGUGGGAUGGUCUGUAUGGUUGA